AUGGAUCCAAUUAUGAAAAGCGAACUUUACAGCAUGUUUCUAUGGCCCUUUGACAGCGAAAUUCCUUACCUUCCUCACAUUAAUGCUUUUGGGGACGAUACCUAUGCGAAGUCAAAGCCAUCUUUCACCCCCAAAAUAUUUAAUUGCACAAGUGUUCAGUGUUGUCAGCAGAAAAACACAAAAACCACUGGAGAUAUCAGAAGUAUCAUAUGUGAGCUUUGUGGGAGAUCAUUUAUAAUUUUUAAAACUGAAUAUGCUUUUAAUAUAAUUCUAUCUAACCAAAAAAGACUAUUAUAUUUCUGUAUAAAUUAAAACUAUUCAAUUUAGUAGUGUCUAAAAACUAUAAAGGUUUAAAGCAACACUCAGGAAAACUGCACAGUAAAAAUGACAAAAUUUAUCAUUGCUCAAUUUGUGAAAAAAAAUUCAACAACAAGUUUGUUGCCAAAUACCACACCGAGCAAGUUCACCAAGACAAGAAAAAGGUUAUGUGUCCUCUCUGCAAAUUGGUUUUCUAUAACAAAUACGUUUUAGAAAAACAUGACAAGCUAAUGCAUGCAUCAAACCUAUCAGACACAAUGGAUAUUGAAAAACAUUAA